ACUCUGUGUGUAGGGCACCAGAUUAUAAUGGACAUAGUGAGAGGCCAGUUUGAUGAAAUUGCAUGUUCAGCAACUGGUUCUCGAACCCGCCCUGGGGGUCGAGUGGCAAGCGGUCAUUCACUGGACCGGCGAAGACAGAGUGUACACUGCUCAGGAGCAAUGAUGGUUUUAACGCCUGAACCAAAUUUAUCCCAGGAUAGAUCCCAGUCUUUGGAAGGCUGUUUUAACCCUGCAGAUUCCUCAACUAAUUCUUGCUUUGAUGACAUGGACAGUGACUUGGAAAAGUUUAGUGAACAAAAUGGAAUGAAGACCUUGGGCACAAAUGCCAUGGAUCCUGGAAAACAAUAUGAAUGUCUUUCCUCACCAAGGGAACAAAUGAAAUCUAAUACCUGGGAAGUUCAGAUUUCAGAUAAAUCAGAUUCAGAAGAUAAUUCUGAGGAUUGCUUCAUUGUCCAAGAUCAGACAAAGCCAUUGAAAAAUGAGCCUGAUAAGCAAGAGGAUAUGGCUGACAACGAUGAAGACCCCCAACUUGAACAUGCAAUAGCGAAAAUGAAAACAUUGGAUAAGAUUUUGGUACUGACAGAGGAAAAAGAAAGACAAGUAAAGAAACAGGGAGAAGAGCUGAAGAAAAAGCUUUGGGAUGAAUUUGAGGAAAAGAGUAAGAAAGAGAUUCAGAAGAAGACAAGCUGCAGGAAUGUGAAUACUGGAAUCUCAGUGGCAGAAAAAAAUGCAAAACCAGAGGGAAUGGUGGAGUGCCCUGAGGUGGCAGAAAAUACAAUGAGAUUCUUGGCACUGACACCAAGUGGAAAUGGUGCAGAACAGGUUUCGUCUAUAUUCCACACUCAACUCCCUAUGGAGGACUAUGAAAGGAAACGCAAUGAACAGGACCAUGACUACCAGAGCUGUGCUGAAGAAGUUAAAUUGCCUUCAGCAGCUUGCACCAAAAAUGUAGAAAACAAAGAAAUAAGGAGCCAAAUGCUUCCCCAAAAUAAGAUUAAAGUUAAAGAUUUUAUUAAGAAGAACAUUGAGCUGGCAAAGGAAGCCAAGAACACAGUACUAUUGACUGACGAUGAGAAACGACGACUAACAGAACUAUUGAAGAACAUUGAUGUUGAGAUAUCGAACAAUGAAGAUACCUCAAUGCCCUGGGCACUAACAGUGGCAGAAAGAGAAGGAUAUACACCAGAGUCCAUGGAACAACAACAACAACUGGCUGAAAUUGAUGCUAAACUGCAGGAUUACCUUUUAACGGAGGAUGAUGGCUCCAUGAUUACAAACUCAAGGUCUAGUGUACAAAUCUGGAGUUAUCAGAGCUCAUUGGAUACUCUGGCAGAGAUUGGGCCUGGUGAAGAGGUGCUUCUUCAAUUGCGGGAUGAACGAGAACAAUACUUGCGAAUGGGAGAGAUAGAACAACAGUUGAAAUGUCUGGAGAUGGUAUCAAGAGAGGUUGAUAUUGAUGCUGUGCCAAACCUACCAAACGCCACAUCGACCUCCUUACUGGACGAUUGCAUCCGAUGUCAAAGUUCAGGGGGACUAUGUGAAAGUGAUGUUUUGGAUGCUGGCACCAACACUUCUGUUUCUUUGUGUUCUCGACAUUCUCAGGCAACGACUGUAUUUAACCCGACACGGCUGUCAGACUCUGUCCUUUCCCAGCUUCUGGAAGAUGCAUACCGAUCAGGCAUUUCCCCAGCUUCUGGUAGAACAGAAGGAGGUAGCAAAGAAUUAGUUGUCGGUGUCGAGAGUGAGGACCCAAAUUACUAUCGCAGCAAAGUCCUGGCUAACAUCAGUAGGCUGUCAGAAAGAUUGCUGGAUUUUCCGACAGAGGAUGAUGAUAAAUCAGAUGGUGAGGAUGGGGAAUGGAUGCAAUGCGACAGAGAGGUGUCCUAUUUGACUAGGGCACUGGAGAUCAAGCAAGGGAAAAAGCCCAUUUUCCUUGUGGAUUCAAACCUUUACGGAUCAAUGGACCGGGAGCAGUCAGCAGAGGACAGCAUUCCAACAAUUCCAUGGAUAUCACAUGGAGGUGAUGAAAAUGGUGCUGGGAAUGAAGAUUUAAAUAUUGCUGACAAUGAGGUGAAAUCAAAGUAGAAGAAAUGUUCUGGUCGCAUUUCAGAUCUUUCUGAAGUAGUCUUUAUUAAAGAUGGUUUGUUUAUUCUAAGAUUGUUUGUUCUGUCUGAUAUUCUGAUCUUUUGCAAAUGACUUGGUCAUAUACUAGAAGUGGCUGAUUUAUUCACUGAUAUGGUUCAAAGGAAAUAAUCUGCAAAGGAAUUUUGUUUUAAUUUUUUCAAUUAUCAUAAUUUCUUGCAGUGAAAUUUGCUUUUUUCACAAAAAUCAUAUUUGGGAGAUCCAGAAGAAGAGCUUUCUGGCUAAGCGGAGUAGAACAGCAUGAAUAUCAAACUUUUCUCCCCCAAUAGACGCGCACAAAAUGCUGGAGUAAAGAAUAGGUGACGUUUUGGAUCAGAACCCUUCUUCAGACUGAAAAAUAGAGAACAAAAAGGCCAGAACAUAAAAGGGUCAAAAACCGUGAGCCAACAUUAGACCAUUGUGGGCCCCUUGGCCAUCGGUGCUGGCUCUGAGUUGUUCUGUACCUUUUCACACUUCUAAUUUCCCUUUCCCCUGACUCUCAGUCUGAAGAAAGGUCGCAACCUGAAACAUCACCUAUUCCUUUUCUCCAGAAAUGCUGCCAGGCACACUGAGUUACUCCAGCAUUUUGUGUCUAUCUUCGGUAUAAACCAGCAUCUGCAUUUACUCCCUAAAUAUAUUCUCCCUCCAAGCUUAUUGAGAUUUGAAAUUUUGGUAUCCUGGACGAAAAAAUAAUUGCAAAACUAAUUAAAUGCUUGAUGGUUGAAAUUAAGUCACAAGAGAUGAAGGUGAAAUCAUUUCCAUCUCAAUAUUUAUGGAAGUAAUUUUAUACAAACUAAUCCUCUUUAAUUAUUGUGCCAUUUAGUGGAAAUGAAAACUGGAACAUAAUAAUGAUGUUGAUUAAUGUUAGUGCAAUAAAUUCAGUGUCAAAAGUCUAAUUUCCAAUAAAACUAACUACACGUGGUGAGCCUUGGUUCAAGCAUUUGGUUCAAGUAUCUGGUAUUGUUCACUUAAAUUUAUUUUCAUAGAAUAAAUAUGUGUUUUCCAUUACA